AUGGUCGUCCACGUUGGUUCAAGACUUGUGCGAUCUUCAAAAAGAUUUGUUAUCCAGCUUCUCCUUGACUACCAUUUGCCGCCUGAGCCCCCGCAAGAAAGUCUUGUGCUUGUUAGGCGUCGCUGUCUUUUGCUCAAAGCAUCGUUGAUCAUGCCAGUUUGGUCCAGGAUUCAAAAGGUCGGUUUGACUUGGAUCGAUAGCAGCAGCAGCAGCGAUUCACACGAAGAUCAACACGAUAAAUACGCCCUUGGCUUCUUUGAGAGUCACUCGAGAGAGAUAGGUUCGGACCGUUUGGAUAUCAGGCGCAACAAGAGCACCGGAUUUUGCCGCCAAGGAACCAGUAUCAAACCAAAGACGGGAUUCUCCACUCCUCCAAGUGAAAAAGAUUCCCUUGAACACCCAGGUUUCGCCUCCAAGAAACCAGGAUCAAGCCAAAAACGGGAUUCUCCACUCCUCCAAGUGGAAAAGAUUCCCUUGAACACCCAGGUUUCGCCUCCAAGAAACCAGGAUCAAGCCAAAGACGGGAUUCUCCACUCCUCCAAGUGGAAAAGAUUCCCUUGA